GAGUCGAGUUGUGGGAUUCAAAUUGAGUUGGGCGGUGGGUUAUUCAGUUAGCCUGCGACGGACACGGCUGUUGCUGAGGAGGCAAGAGAGGACGGCUACGCGCGGAACUGAGGCGUCUGUGGCUGCUGCCAUCUCCACCGCUGCCUUCGUCAUGGCCCACAAGCAGAUCUAUUACUCAGACAAAUACUUCGACGAGAACUACGAGUACCGGCAUGUGAUGUUACCAAGGGAGCUCUCAAAGCAAGUACCAAAAACUCAUCUAAUGUCUGAAGAAGAAUGGAGAAGACUUGGUGUACAGCAGAGCCUUGGCUGGGUCCACUAUAUGAUUCAUGAACCAGAACCGCACAUCCUCCUCUUUAGAAGACCACUUCCUAAAGGCCAGCAGAAAUGAAAUGACUUCUCUAAAAUCUCCUGGGACUUUAUGAAUGUAUAUAAGUUGGUAGUAUUCAGUGAAUACUUGAAGAAAUGUACAGACGUCAUUACCUGUGCAUGAGCUGUAUUAUUCACAGCAACAGAGCUCAGUAAAAUGCAAACAAAGUAGGCUGCUAUGGUCUUGAGAACUCUCCUUUUUGUUAAGUGCCUAUUUGACUCAAUUUUGUUCAAUAAAGUUUACACGUUACAUGUAA